AUGCGCCUACUCCCAACUUGCACUGCUCUAAGACUACAAUUCCCAGAAUACCGUCGAAGUCGAAUCGAGUAUAGUCACAUGGUCAUGACAUCAUCAGACGUCCUUUAGCUGGCUAGGAAAUAGCAUCUACCCUGCUCUAAUACUACAAUUCCCAGAAUACCGUUCACGGAACCGGAAGUCGGAUCGAUUUGAAAACUAGACAGUUGAUAGUUACGACUCGAAAUGUCUUAUGGUCUGGACGGGACCGUUAACCGGAGAAGCCGUUUAUGAGGCAGGUCAGUAAAGGACGUCUGGUUUUCUGGUCUCUUGAAAAGGUGAAGAGUAACCUUGUAAGAACCUGGAUUUUUCUCUGUAGUUGUCACUAAGGCUCUGUGAGAAGCACUGAGAAGUCCUAUUCUUUCUGCACUCUUUAUGGUGUCUUUCUCACUCUUUUGUGUCUAACUUGCUAUUCAAGACCACUAUGAGCUCUGGUCAAAGAAAACGUAAGGGAACAGAGGUGGGCAAGUCAAGAUCAUCACAGAGACGGAGGAGAAGUGCAAGUACAACCAGCUCAAUGGCAACAGUGGCUGAACCCAUUGAACUUGAGGAAAGCGGAGAGGAAGUUGUCGAUCUGACAUGUGAAUCGCUUGAGCCAGUGGUUGUCGACUUAACGCACAAUGACUCAGUGGUUAUUGUUGAAGAACACCUAGGUGGGAGAAGGAGAAACAAUACCCGCUCUACCACCCAAGCAGCCAGCUGUAUUUUAAGCAGUGAUGAUGAGGACGCAAGAGACAAUGACCCAAUAGUGAGCAGAAGAUCCAGGGACCCCCCACCUACAAGCCAUAAUAGCCCAAGAACGUCUGGGAGUGUCAGCUGUCCGAUCUGCAUGGAUGGCUACUCAGAGAUAACACAGAGCGGACGUCUCAUCGUUUCUACCAAAUGUGGUCACAUAUUCUGCAGUCAGUGCCUCCGAGACGCCCUUAGAAAUGUCACAUCUUGUCCAACCUGCCGGAAAAAACUGACUCCUAAACAGUAUCACCCGAUCUACAUCUGAUCGGUGGUCAGGGCUUUCCUUACGAUAAUGCACUACCUUAUUCAGCUUCUUUUCAGACAUCAUCAGAUAAAAGCAGUGAAGCUGGAGAACAGGACAGAGUUCUUUUGAACUUGUGAGUUUUGGGGGGGGGAGUUAUUGGGUGUAUGUGGGUGUUAUGUGAACAAACUAUGCAGUGCCCUCCCAUGAAAUGAGGGUAUUAUUGGUCCAUGCUGUGACCUCAGCCAAACGUUGGUAUCAAAGUGACCGAGCACCAGUUGGAUUUCGAUCAAGAGUAUGGUGAGUGCUAGUGGGAUGCACCAAGGCACACGCAACGUUCCCAGUACUGGUGCCCAGCUUGGGGAGCCUCCAUUUUCAUACCUGUCUGCUCGGUGUAUCAGGAGUCACCACUUGGUUAUGGGCAGUAACCCUUUCAUAGCCAAUAAGUCUACUACCAGAGACCUAUUUCUUCCUGGAGGUAGAUGAAGUGUCACCAAGUAAUAGCCAUACCGGAAAAAAAAUAAAGUUUU